GAAAUACAGGACAAAUCAACCUUUUUUUUCUAAAUGAGUGGUGUUUGAAUUUGUUUAUAAAAUGGGGGACAUGAUGGUUUGGUUGCAGGACGUGGGACAAAAUGCGUAACUGUCCCACACAAUCUGGGACAUGUGGUCACCCUAGGUCUGGCAGUUCACCAGAUUAUUACAAUCACUGUGUCUCUCAUUAUGGUCAUCGCAGCCUUGAUAACUACACUUGUCCUUAAAAACUGCUGUGCACAGUCGGGGAAUGGCCGUCACAGUAGCCAUCAGCGGAAGAUCCACCAGCAGGAGGAGAGCUGUCAGAACCUGACCGACUUCACCCCUGCCCGCGUGCCCAGCAAGGUGGACAUCUUCACCGCCUACAACGACAGCCUGCAGUGCUCGCACGAGUGUGUGCGCACCGCCGUGCCCGUCUACACGGACGAGAUGAUCCAGCAGACCCCUAUAUACAAGACCACCUACAAUGGAAAUAGACCUUCUCCCACUGAAAGGCAGCUGAUUCCUGUGGCCUUUGUGUCAGAGAAGUGGUUUGAGAUCUCCUGCUGACCAGUUGAAGUCUUUUUUACGUCACGUGGGUGGAAUAGACUUCCUGUAUUUAUGCUCUGGACACUUUGGUAAACUUUUCCAACCAUGAGAAAGAAGUGACUCAAACAAUGGCCAAUUUUGUAAGAUAGUGGGAACUCUCUCUCUCUGGACACUGAUGAAGAUAUUUAUUUUUCUAAAAAAUUAUGACAAACCGAGCAGCCAUACCGCUGCCACUUCAUAUUAUUAUCCAGAGACCUGUGGUAGUUUAGAUAUGUAGUUAGAGUUAAUGUGUAGCUAUAUUACUGGAUGUGCAGGAGAAGACCAUUGCCGUCAGCGACACCUUGAAGAAAACUAGCUGCCUUGGAGAGCUAGGAGACUCUGAGACGCUGCUCACAGUGGAAGAAACUGAGCUGUAUUACUGAACAAUGUGCCAAUAAUGCCACUAUGUGCCACAAUCUGUACAGAAGGAACUUUCGACAACAAUUUAUGGACAACUAAAAUAUUGCUAUAUUAACUCUGUAUCAAACCAACUCCAUCUUUUUUUUAAAGAAAAGUGAAGAAAAAAAAAUGUUAUAAGUAUUUGAAUAUCUUUUCUGAUGUAGUUUUAAGAAUUGUGUUGCAAUGUCCCAAAAAUGUUUAUUAUAUGAAGCAUUAUUCAUUGAGGCCAAGAAGAAAAAAAAGAAUAAUGGUAAAUGCUUUAUCCAACACUUACAUUUAAGGCAUUGUUUAAGGUCCCAUUUUAAAACCAGAAUAGUCUGUCUAUUUUUAUACAUAAAAAGAGGUCAGUCACAACCCAAGCAGUGCAGUUCCCAUGCCACACAAUGUUUGGACUGUUAAUGACGUGCCGCUGUCCAAUCAGAUAUUAAAGCAAAGGGGACGAUUUCAAAACACGUAUCGAAUCCAAGCCCACAUUAAUUCCCCAUUCGGUAUGACCUAUUUCUCAGUGGUUUUUGAUUGUGCUUACUACAUUUCUUCAAAACUUCUGUCUCGAUGGCUGUUCGAACAGUGCAUACCCUAUAUCCUGUUGUGGUCAGUUCAAUCUGAAUGGUUAUCCAGAUAGCUAAGGCAAAUAGAGAGGAUUAGCAGUAUGUUUACAUAUACACUGCCUCAGGUCAUGUCUAAUAUAUAAGUCUUCAUUUCCUCUUCCAUCCCAAGCAUUAUUCACAAGUGAUAAGACAUGAUAAGUUACUAUGAGUGGUGGUAGGAUAUGAGCAGUACUGCACAAGGGUGUCAAUUUAGAAUGAAUUUGUAAGAAUAUAAUUAUUCUAACUCUACAAUUACGGUUAGUAAGAAAUAUUGAAUAUCUCCUCUCAACUACAGUGCAUUCGGAAAGUAUUCAGACCCCUUAACUUUUUCCACAUUUUGUUACGUUACAGCCUUAUUCUAAAAUGGAUUUUUAUCCGCCCUCCUCAAUCUACACACGACCCCAUUAUGACAAAGCAAAAACAGGUUUUUGGACAUUUUCGCAAAUGUGUUAAAAUAAACAACUGAAAUAUGACAUUUCCAUAAGUAUUCAGACCCUUUACUCAGUACUUUGUUGAAGCACCUUUGGCAGCGAUUACAGUCUCAAGUCUUCUUGGGUAUGACGCUACAAGCUUGGCACACCUGUAUUGGGGAGUUUCUCAGAUUCUUCUCUGCAGAUCCUCUCAAGCUCUGUCAAGUUGGAUGUGGAGUGUUGCUGCACACCUAUAUUCAGGUCUCUCCAGAGAUGUUUGAUCGGGUUCAAGUCCGGGCUCUGGCUAGGCCACUCAAGGACAUUCAGAGACUUGUCCCAAAGCCACUCCAGUGCUGUCUUGGCUGUGUGCUUAGGGUUGUUGUCCUGUUGGAAGGUGAACAUUCACCCAAGUCUGAGGUUCUGAGCGCUCUGGAGCAGGUUUUCAACAUUGAUCUCUCUGUACUUUGCUCCAUUCAUCUUUCCCUCGAUCCUGGCUAGUCUCCCAGUCCCUGUCUCUGAAAAACAUCCCCACAGUAUGAUGCUGCCACCACCAUGCUUCACCGUAGGAAUUGUGCCAGAUCUCCUCCAGAAGUGAUGCUUGGGAUUCAGGCCAAAGAGUUCAGUCUUGGUUUCAUCAGACCAGAGAAUCUUGUUUCUCAUGGUCUGAGAGUCCUUUAGGUGCCUUUUGGCAAACUCUAAGCUGGCUGUCAUGUGCCUUUUACUGAGGAGUGGCAUCCGUCUGGCCACUCUACCAUAAAGGCCUGACUGUGGAGUGCUGCAGAGAUGGUUGUCCUUCUAUAAGGUUCUCCCAUCUCCACAGAGGAACUCUGGUGCUCAAGUUGUAGAAACAUCUCAAGGAUGAUCAAUGUUAACAGGAUGUACCUGAGCUCAAUUUUGAGUAUUUUAGCAAAGGGUCUGAAUACUUAAUACAUUUGCAAAAAUGUAUUUAAAAAACUCGUCAUUAUAGGGUAUUGUGUUUAGAUUUGAGAUUUUUUAAAAUUAAUUUUAGAAUAAGGCUGUAAAGUAACAAAAUGUAGAAAAAGUGAAUGUGCUGUACCUAAUUAUUCAGGGAUUAUAUAUUAAAAUAACUAAGGUUCAGAUAUGUAUUUUGGGGGAAUUGUAAUACUUUUUUUGUGUUGUAUUUAUCAAGCACAUGCUAAUUGAAAUUAUAAUUGGAAUGAUCAUAUUAACAUCUCCUCACACAGGAGAUUUAUAAAGGUGUGUGACGUAUUUACAAUUGGAAGUAGUCUUUUCUAUACCAUAAUGUCAGAAAUGCAUGCAAUCAAGAAAUUGAUAUCUGCACAUCCCCCUCCAGCAAUUAAAAAAAAAAGGUAUCCCUUCAAAUUAGGUCCAAGUUAGCUGUAUAUCUUGCACUGUGAAUGCAGUCACAACCAUGUAUAAUAAUGUUCCUCCAUAAACCUCACCUCUACUGUAUGAAGGAAUACAAUCUCAGCUCUUUCAUGCCAAGUGCUGUACAGGAAUGUACUUUCCUGGUGUGUGGGGGUUGCUCAUGGAUGUGUGCUUGUGGAAUAUCAGUGUGUUUGCCUUGUCAAAACCUCCAGCAUCAUCAAUGAGAUGCAGAACCAGGGGGAUUGGGAGCAGCCAAUCAAAAACAAUAAGUCUGGGCCACAUGUAAUACAUUAAUUAAUUGAUAAGUUAAUUCAAUUCCAUAUUUGGUAAGUCAGGACACUUGGACGAUGCAAAAAAUCUUUCAUUACACUAGUGGGUUGGUAGAAAGCACAAAAAACAACAACACUCGAUUGCAAUUAUUUUGUGUGGAACGCAAUAUGUACAGAUGUAAAGAUGGACUGGAUUCUGUCCUGGGUUGAGAUCUGCACUUACUCAAGGAGACAAACAAGAUUCAGGCCUCUGCUAUUCUGUGCCCUGAGCUCAAGGCAGAAGUAGACCUUUAGUAUAGGUCUGAGAUGAGUUAGCCUAAAUCACUAAAUCAUAUGUUUAUGCACCUGGAGGGGUAAAGAACUGACCUUGGAUCAGAGGCUGUGGUGCAAUAUUGACUCCAAGUACACUAUUCUCUCCCCUCACACACCAAAACACCAUGAAUGACAAUGCCAAUUUGGCCCAACAUGUACGUUGAGGUUGAGUUACGUCAACAUAACAUAUAUUUUUGGAAUGAAGAGUGUUAUCCUGAUAGUCAGAGGGUUACUAAAUUACUGUAUAUUAUACAUGUGUAAAUGUAUUUUAUAUAUAUUUGCUUCUAUUUGUGUACAGGUGUGUUCUAUUUUUAAAGACCUGUCCCUUUUUGGGAAAGGUUCAGCUAGGUCGGGGAUAGUGUCUUUGUUUACAUGUGUAACUACAGUAUUUCUUUCACAACACAAACUAACAUUGUGCCAAGCUUCCUACCUGCACUUUCAAGCAGUACUUGUAUUAUAUAUUUAGCUAACUAAUACAAUACUUAAAUAGAAGCUGCAAUAUUUUAAAUACUGAUAAAGGAUUUGGGUUGUGAAAGGUUACAGAGCUACCGUCCAUGAGAAUCUACACAGACGUGAGAAGUUAUUUUGAUUGUAUACUAGGCUGAGAUCAGAAUGCUGCUGCCUUGGGUUUGGUUGGUUAACAAUGUGCAAUUAUCAAAUGCUGACACACCAUUUUCAUAGGAAUUCUAUUUGCUUCUGGAAAUAUGAUUAGUCAUGGUGAAAAGGGAAGUAAUGUUAACCCAAUAAUAAUGGAAUGAGAGAAAGUCAGACACUGAAACUGAGUUUCUUUUUAAAGAAUUUGUGUUGUAAUAUUUACUACAUGUAACUACUCUAGAGAUCUAGACGUGUUAUUUUUCUCUUUAAAGGCAGGGGAAACUAUUAGACCUAUGACCCCAAUAUUAGCUGAAGUUAUAGAUACAUUAUCAGAAAGAAAACAAAGAUUAAGGGUUCAAUGGGUUUUUAGUGUAAAUAUUUCACUCCCCUUUCAUGGUAAACCGCUCAUUGAUGCAAUGGUAACACUGGCAAGAUUGGAAAAAAGGACACCUGCUGAUGCAUAAGCAGAGAACAAGUACAUUGUUUUAUGCUUGUACUGAAAUGUACCGGGUAUGUAAUUAUGUCUAUCUUUCAUAUGAUGAUGACUGAAAUACCGCUAAUUGUUUUCCACAAAAUUCUCCCCUCUCAUGAACAUCUUUGGAUAUUUUUGCCUCAAUAUUCUGAAGGAAGUUUGAGACGUCAUAGGAAUAUCAGUGGCACAAUUCCUUUCAUGUGAAAGGUUCCUCGAGUGCUGUCUACAAGCCUCAGAUGUUCGUAUAUGCUCUCAAUCAAUUAUCAAAACGUCAUAUUACAUUGUCCUGAAUGCACAUUUCUUAAAUUCCUGAUAUACUGUGAAAUUGUUACAUGUGAAAGCCUUGCACCUUGCAACAUUAAUAUCAUAACUCUCUCAAGUGUCUUGAAAUAUGAAUGGUAAUACGCCCAUAGGACUUCAGGUUAGUGUGUACUAACCUUUCUUUAGGGUCGUCACUUGAGUACCUAAACUAGCACUGGAAUGGCAAAGAAAAUGUAACUUGACAUAAGCCACUCACAGGAUUUCAGUUCUUCCCUCAGUGUGAAAUAUCAUUGCCAACUACAAUAACCAUGAUUCUCUGCUCAAUCUGUUAUGAAGAAUAUGAUGCACUGAACCAGACCUCUGCUGUAGUUCACUAACGUGUUCACAGUACACUCAUCCUUCCUCCACAUUUGACCUGAUACCUUGUAUCGGUGUUUCAAGAAAGUUGUUUGAGGUUAUCAAUUCUUGUGGCAGGUGAAAAUCAGGAAACACGAAAGAACAUACCUAGCUCAUGCAAAACCUAUUUAUUUUUCACAAUGUGUAACACUAAGUUAUCAUUUUAGGCAACUUGGACAUACAUUAACAUGACUAUUUUAUGUCAUUGUUGAUUUCACAGUUAGCCCACUUGACUGUGAAGAUGACUUGUGUAUACUCUGAAUGGGAGGGGGAGUAAGAUCAGAGAAAUAUGAAGUUGACACCAAAGACUGAACACCUUUUGUGAACAAACAAAUGUCUACAUAAGAGACAUAUCUGCUCUAGCUGUCUCUUCAGUGAUCCCUGACACUAACGGUACAGAAUGUCCCCAAUGUGUCACCUAUGACAAACAAACUGUCAAUUAACAAAAGGAUGCAGUCAGUCAGUGCCAUCAGCAAGAGGAAAGCAGAUGUCACACACAUAUUGGGCAGUAUUUCGCUUCAUGUCAAUAUCGUAUUGAAUAUUAGUUGUAUGCCUGACGUCUCAAUGGCCCAAGAGGCCUUUUCUAUCUAUGAGAUAUGAUGAACACCCCAGAACUAAAGUAAUCAAUCUGUCUUGUUUCUCAGUCUAAUCACAGGCCAGGGGGUUCAGACUUAAAGUAUUUCAAUAUGGCACUAUACUGAUGGGGGAAGACAUGUUAUCAUAAUGAACAUUGUGACUGAUUGAUAUCAUUAAAAUUCUUCUGGCCACAGGCUAGUUUCGGCACAGGGGUGUUACGGAUACUCCUAGUUGUUCUGAAAUACUUAGAGAAAGGGAAUAAAUACGGUGUCUGGGUUGUUUUGGGGUGCAUAUUUUUGCAUUACAUAGGGUCAUUCAUUCACACACUGCUUCCCUCAUCAUGUUAUUAUGACUUCACGUAUUGUGCGCUUAAACUGUAUCUAAAGCGGAGGGCUCCGAUUCUCCUCCCAGAUCAUGUUUUUAUUUUUCUAUUCAUAAGAGCUAUUGUACUGACCAGUGCUUAUCAAUAGUGUCAAUGACUUGAACUAUCAUUUAAUGACGUCACCGUUUCCUGUACGGCCAUUUUGGGUCAAGCGGUGUCUGGUUACAUGAAACGCAUCUGCCUAUGAGCAUAGCUAUAUGCCACUGCACAAAAAAGGGCCUCGGACUGACAUUCAGUAUGACGCCUUGAAAAUGGAGUGUAUAUUGAUCUGGACUGGUUUAACGUUGAUAUUUGAGAUAGCACGACUCAAUCGAUACACGGUUAUCACUGGACAGGUCAUCAGAAUGGAACAGAGUCAGUCCUGACAGUGAGGCAUUGCCUCAGCAUUGCCUUGUCACUCUCUCAGAGAAGACGAAGCCAAGCCGAUAUAUGUCUGGGAGAUAUUGGGAAGAGGUUUCUUCAGGUAUUGAAAUCAUUCACAAAGCUAAACGAUAGACACACACAUACACCUGACCGAGACGACAUGUUUUUCUUUCUGGUGGUUUUUUUCACACGGCGCCACACAACAACAAUUUGUUCAGAGAAACAAUCACAAGAAUCCAUACUACUACUACUACACAGAACUGACUGAAGUCUUCUUGCCAUAACAACUGAAAAUUUGUACUUUGUGACUCCUAAACUUUUAUAUUUGUGUUUAAUAUAUCAAUGAGUACCUAUGUUAAUUUUGUAUAAGAUCUAUGAAUAUAGUACACACAUACAAACAUACGCACACAGAAGGACUGUACUAUAAACAGUAAGUUUCUGUGUCAGCUAAAUGUUGUAUACUUUUAUUUUGUGUCUUAUGGAUCACAUCUCUCUUCUUUUUGUAGGUAUUGGUAACGUUUGAAUUUCCAGGUGAUUUUGAUUUGGUUACUCUUGUACUUCUAUGCUCUGUAUUUGCAAGCACUGUAAAUGCGAUUCUCAUUGGAUUCGUCCUCUGUACAUUUAGUACUCUGAUGUUGCUAUUAAUAAAAUGUCAAACACAA